AUGCUUUUUCAAAAGACCAUCUCCUCCACCUCCAGUGCAGCCACCCAACAAUGUUUGGACUUCUGCAGUUGUGUCAAUGAGAUGCUGCUGUCAUUCCCUCGCUUUUGUUUUCCAUCCCUUCUGGAGGAGAGGCACGGGGAUGGGCGACUUUUGCCUUCACAGCCUGACCGAUUAGCUACGGAGCUCUACUUGUUUCUUUCGGCCCUUGUGAGCUCUCAGUAUCCCAAAGACCAAAAUGCAACAAAGUUACCCGAAGAGCUGACCUACCGACCACAACUCCGGCUCUUGUGCAGACUCCUGGAACGACUGUGGCGACAGUUGUCUCCCGCGUCUGUGCAGUUACUGGCGCCUGUGCUGGACGAAGCUGUCCGCCGAUUACCGGAGAUGCAACGCCGAAUGGAGCCGGCCUCUGACUCGGAGUCGGACAGGGCUCCAGCGGCGGAGAGCAGAUGGCGAGAUCGAGGAGAACGCCAGCGUCUGUAA